AUGUCAGUUACUGUCAAGUCUCUAAAAAAGGAGAAUGACAGCCUUAAGGAACAAAUUAAUGCUCUUUCCAAGGAUUUUGAUCGGCUACGGAGUAAACUACGAAACGAAGCUCAAACCGAAAAUGGCCAAGGCCAGCAAGACGGAAGUCCAAACGUGGAGAUUCAGAAUAACCUAGAGUUUUAUAGCAAGUCCUAUGAUGAUCUGAGCAGUUCUCAAAAGAAAUCUACUGUUGAGCUUCAACAGUUUAAAAAUCGAUUGGAUAUCCUCUCAGACAAAGUAGAAAAUAUUUCUGCAGCCAUUGAAGAAAGCCAGCAAUAUGGCUAUCGCUAUAACAUGAAACUAAUGGGAAUACCUGACAACAACUCAAGUGAAUCUGCUUCUGAAACAACGAACUUGUGUCUUAAACUCUUUCAGAAAUUGGGAGUUGAAAUUACUUGGAAUGACAUCGAUAUUGCACAUCGUGUCCCUUCAAGAAGUGCAAGGCCCAGCCCACGGCCGAUUAUCUGUAAGUUUGUUAGAAGGAUCGUGAAAGAAGAAACUAUUAAAGCUCGUAAAAACAUAUGUAAAGUUACACCCGCUGAUAUAGGACUACAAGGUCAAGACCCAAUGGCGGAAGCUAAGAUCUUUGAGCACCUAACACCUGGUGUGCAGAAGUUACUGGCAGAAGCGAGAAAAUUCCAGCUGCAACAUGGCCUUAGAUUCCGCUGGGUAAAAAACUUUAAAGUCUAUCUUAGAGUGACAGAGAGUUCUCGUCCUUUAUUGAUCAAAAGUCCCAGCGAUCUGGAGAACCUUAGAAUUAGUAUACCGGGAGGAUCUGUCUCGCCUCGCAGCUAA